AUGGAUGAGGAGCGCGCCCUCUACAUCGUGCGGGCCGGCGAAGCGGGGGCUAUCGAGCGGGUCCUGAGGGAUUACAGCGACAAGCAUAGGGCUACUUUCAAAUUUGAAUCAACAGAUGAAGAUAAAAGAAAGAAACUCUGUGAAGGCAUAUUUAAAGUCCUUGUAAAGGACGUGCCAACAACAUGUCAAGUGUCCUGCCUGGAAGUACUCCGCAUUCUCUCCAGAGACAAAAAGGUUUUAGUUCCUGUAACAACUAAGGAAAAUAUGCAGAUACUUAUGCGACUAGCCAAGCUAACUGAGUCAGAUGAUUCUUUGGAGAAGGUGUCAGAGUUCCCAGUUAUUGUGGAGUCAUUAAAAUGUCUGUGUAACAUCGUGUUCAACAGUCAGAUGGCACAGCAGCUCAGCCUGGAACUUAAUCUUGCUGCAAAGCUCUGUAACCUCCUGAGAAAGUGCAAGGACCGAAAAUUUAUCAAUGACAUUAAGUGCUUUGACUUGCGCUUACUCUUCCUCCUGUCACUUUUGCACACUGACAUCAGGUCACAAUUGCGCUAUGAGCUCCAGGGACUACCGCUGCUAACCCAGAUUUUGGAAAGUGCCUUUAGCAUCAAGUGGACCGAUGAGUAUGAAUCGGCCAUAGACCAUAAUGGACCUCCUCUCUCACCUCAGGAGACAGACUGUGCCAUUGAGGCCCUCAAAGCUCUCUUCAAUGUGACAGUAGACAGUUGGAAGGUGCAUAAAGAGGUAAGCAAUGCAGUCAACCUUUUAAGCAAUGUUCCGGUCUCUUGUUUGGAUGUUUUAAUUUGUCCAUUAACCCAUGAAGAAACAGCCCAAGAGGCAACGACUCUAGAUGAACUGCCCAGUGAUGAAACAGCUGAAAAAGAAACAGUUUUGCAAAACAAUACCAUGGUAUACAAUGGUAUGAAUAUGGAGGCCAUUCACGUUUUACUCAAUUUUAUGGAGAAGAGAAUAGACAAGGGAAGCAGCUAUAGAGAGGGUCUAACACCAGUUCUCAGCUUAUUAACAGAAUGUUCCCGAGCCCAUCGGAACAUCAGAAAAUUUCUCAAAGAUCAGGUUUUACCACCAUUGAGGGAUGUGACAAAUCGACCUGAAGUUGGCUCAACUGUGAGAAAUAAGCUGGUGCGCCUCAUGACACAUGUUGACCUUGGAGUCAAGCAAAUUGCUGCUGAAUUCCUUUUUGUUCUUUGCAAAGAGAGAGUGGAUAGCCUCCUGAAAUACACUGGCUAUGGGAAUGCUGCAGGACUGUUGGCGGCCAGGGGCCUCUUGGCUGGAGGAAGAGGAGAUAAUUGGUACUCAGAGGAUGAGGACACAGACACUGAAGAAUACAAAAAUGCAAAACCAAAAGAGGAGUUGCUUAAACCAAUGGGACUAAAACCUGAUGGGACAAUAACACCUUUGGAGGAAGCACUCAACCAGUACUCUGUCAUCGAAGAGACCAGCUCUGACACAGACUAAAAGCAUCACCUGCUCAACUCUCAAUAUUGCUUUUAUCAGCAUCUUUUCUCUGUAGCUCCAGGGGAAUCUAUUCUCUAAAACAUUUAUGCCCUUGCUUUGGCUAGAAAACACAUUAACUGGUUUGCUCAUUGAGAAUCCAGCAUAUUUAAGAGGUGAUCCUGUGUUGUUUUUUUUUUUUUGCGAUAUUGAGGCAUUCAUACAGAGCUGCAGUUAGAUGGAGUUACAGGGGCUAGAAGCAGAAAAAAAAUCCAUUUCAUCAGGAUGGAACUGAAGGAUUUUAUUCUAUAAAGCAGCCCUGGUUGGAUCUGGCAAUUGUGUUUGCCAAGAUUCUUAGCAGAAGAUUUAGCCAUGUCCUUCCUCACUUGUGUGAGCUGCCCCUUCUGAAUCUCUCCAGCAGCCAGAGGCACAUGAGAAGCAGAGUGAGCUGGCAAAGGCUGAGGCAAGUUUCUCCUUAGAUCAGGACUAAGUGGAAGCCAAGCAGCUGCUCCAUGAACCAAGCCCCACUCUUCGUAUCAAUUUUGUAUAAAUAUAUAGAAACACACACACAGCCCCAGACUUACAAACUGAUGAUACUCUAAAGUUUUUAUGUCAGUUAUCUAAAACUUCAGAAUACGUUUCUCCCUAUAAAGAAUUAUAAAUGAUGGUUUAGUUCCCAGGCAGCUACAAAUGCCUAUUUAUUCCCUAAUG